AUGCGCCUCUUUCUACUGCUUCUACUGACACGUGGCAUUUUUGGCAAGGGAAUCUAUUUUGUGGAGGAGCGAGAUGGAAAGACUUAUACACAACCGUUGACUGAUAGCAAACAACAAAUCAAAAUCGGUGAACAGAUUCGUGAGCUCUUCAACAUUGAUAUAAAUCCAUCUGACCCACCUGCUAAGACAAAUACCCAUGUGUCGUCUUAUAUGAAAACUCUGUAUAAGCAACUGGAGAAUUAUGAACACGGAGACACCCAUGACGAGGACGAGGUGAACGCGUGGCUCAGCGCUGAUCGCAUUGUGUCCCAUAUGGCUCAAGAAGUCUCCCGUCGGCUUGUAGAUGGUUCCUACCGCAUCCGAUUUGCUAAAGAGCAUGUUCCAUCUAAAGAGGGUCAAUCUAUACUUCGCGCCCAGUUGAGAAUCCACAUUCAGGGAAUUGUGUCUCCUGUAUUUUUCUAUAUUGAGGACACCAACCUUGCCGGGGAUACUGUACUUGUGUCUUCUGAAGACCCUACAGUAGUCAGUGACGUCACCACAAUGGUGGAUAGAUGGUCCCAUUUGCAACUGUCGACAUUGCCAAUUAUCACUGCUAGAGCUUCGACAGAAAAUGAUCUGAAAAUUGAGGCGUUUUUGGUGAUUGCGUUGAAGGAUGAAGAAGCGGGACCACCGAAGAAAAGAUCCCGCCGUGCUGCAUCGGCGGCUCCGAUCUCCUCCUCUCCCAUGAGACAAAAAACCAAGAGAAGCGAAUCUGCGUACUUUGAGAAACCCGACGCAAAUGCACUUUGCCAACGAAAAGGACUCUACGUGGAUUUUGACAUUCUCGGAUGGAAACAAUGGGUCAUUGCUCCAGAAGGAUUCCCUGCGUACUAUUGUUCUGGCGCAUGCUCCGCCCCUUUUCACAAGACCAUGAAUGCCACGUCGCACGCCAUCGUGCAGUCUACAAUUCAUCUGGUUCGACCCAACACCACGAUGCCUGCAAAAUGCGCUCCAUCGCACUUGACAUCGAUGAAGAUUCUAUUUGUGGAUCAGAAGAAGAAUGUGCAGAUUAAGAGAUAUCGAGAUAUGGUUGUUGAUGAAUGUGGGUGUCAUUGA